AUGGCCAACGAGUCGACGCCGUUGAUCCAGACAGUGCGAGUAGGGCCUCCGCGCAGGAGAUAUCGUCACCACACGCUUCGCCGCUUCUGCAACAUUGCCUGCGCCAGCCUGCUGCUCUGUGGCUUCGCGUCCUUUGCCCUGCAUUCUCUGUACAUCUGGCCCUCUGGACAGGAACAUCGCCACCGUCAUCCUCACCACGGCCACCACGGACACCACGGACACCCCGGCCACGGGGGUAAGCACCUUAGCCACGAGGAUCUGCAGGCCAUCCUGCUCGACACACCUUCUGCGGAAAAGGCUGAGGAAUGGAGCCGCUAUUACACGGCUGGAGCUCAUCUUGCCGGAAAGAACUACUCACAGGCCGAAUGGACCAAGGACAGGUGGGAGGAAUGGGGCAUUCAGUCCAGCAUCGUCGCCUAUGAUGUCUACAUCAACUAUCCCGUCGACCACAGCGUCUCCUUGCUGGAAAAGUCGAGCGACGCCAAGUCCUGGGACAUCGCGUUCAAGGCCUCUCUGACUGAAGAUGUUCUUGAAGAGGACCCGACUACCGCUGCCAAGGACAGGAUUCCGACGUUCCACGGCUACUCUGCCAGCGGCAACGUCACCGGCUCGUUUGUCUACGUCAACUACGGAACCUACCGAGAUUUCGAAGAUUUGGUUGAGGCUGGCAUUGACCUCGAGGGAAAGAUUGCCAUUGCCAAGUACGGAGGCAUCUUCAGAGGCCUCAAGGUCAAGCGUGCCCAGGAACUCGGCAUGGUUGGUGUCCUCAUCUACAGUGAUCCCGGCGAUGAUGGCGAGAUUACCGAGGAAAACGGCUACGCUACCUAUCCAGAAGGCCCUGCUCGUCACCCCAGCAGCGUACAGCGCGGGAGCGUCCAGUUCCUCAGUUCGCGCCCUGGCGAUCCAACAACCCCUGGCUACCCUUCAAAGCCUGGUGUCCCUCGUGCACCGGCUGAUGAAACCACUCCGUCAAUUCCCUCCAUUCCCAUCUCUUAUACCGAUGCCUUGCCGCUGCUCAAGGCGCUCAAUGGCCACGGCCCUCGAGCCAGCGACCUGAACAAGUGGUGGAACAGAAAGCUCGGCUUGGGCUACAAGGGCGUUGACUACAACAUUGGACCCUCACCCAAGGACGUCGUCAUCAACCUCUACAACGAGCAGGAAUAUGUCAUCGCGCCCCAAUGGGACGUAAUUGGCAUCAUCAACGGCACCAUUCCCAACGAAGUCAUCAUUGUCGGCAACCACCGAGAUGCUUGGAUCGUCGGCGGUGCGUCUGAUCCCAACAGCGGCUCGGCCGUCUUGAACGAGGCCGUUCGAAGCAUUGGAAAGGCCUUGGAAGCUGGCUGGAAGCCUCUCCGAACCAUUGUCUUUGCCAGCUGGGAUGGAGAGGAGUAUGGCCUGAUUGGAAGCACGGAAUGGGUUGAAGAGUAUCUGCCUUGGAUCACCGAUGCCAACGUGGCAUACGUCAACGUCGAUGGAGGUGCUUCCGGACCGCGAUUCUCCGCCGCAGCAGCGCCUCUUUUGAACCAAGUCCUUCGAGACGCCACCCAUCUCGUUCCAUCGCCCAACCAGACUGUUGCUGGCCAGACCGUGGGAGACGUAUGGGACGGUAAGAUCAGCACCAUGGGCUCUGGAAGCGACUUCACUGCUUUCCAGGAUUAUGCCGGUGUUCCUAGUCUCGACGUGGGAUUCGGCGGAAACGGCAGUGGCCCUGUGUAUCACUACCACAGCAACUACGACAGCUUCCAUUGGAUGAGCGAGUUUGCCGACCCCGGCUUCGUCUACCACCGAACCAUGGCCCAGGUCCUUGGCGUUCUCAUUGGAGAGCUUGCCGACCGGGUGGUCAUUCCCUUUGGAGCGACCGAGUACGCAGACGCCCUGGACAGCUAUCUCGACAAGGUUGAGGCCAAGCUGCAGCCUGACGAUGCCGAAUUGGCCACUGAUGAUGAGAUCUUUGCCGUUCGAGGCAGCAUCUCCUCUAAGGAAGUCAUCGGGAGCCAAGACGCCUUUGAAGCCAGCCUGAAGAAGAUUCGACACUCAAUUUCUGAAUUCAGGGAGAAGGCAGUCAAGCUGGAUGAGCGUGCGGCCUGGGCGAGAGAAAAGCUCGAGAAAGGUCUCCCCUGGUGGGCCAUAAUCAGCAAAACCAGACUCGGCUUCGCCAUUAUCAAAGUGAACCGCCAAUACAAGUACAUUGAGCGACAGUUUGUGUUUGAGGGAGGCCUGGACAACCGAAGCUGGUUCAAGCACGUUGUCUUUGCUCCAGGCUUGUGGACGGGCUAUGCUGGUGCUGUGUAUCCCGGCCUCGUCGAAAGCAUCGACGCCAAGAACUACAGCAAUGGUCUCAAGUGGGCCGAGAUUAUCAAGCACGCCGUCGACAAGGCCACAAAGAGCAUUUCUUAG